UCACGGGCGUAUUUCGUCUCCAAACCCACCCCCAACGCAACCCAACCACCCAUCCCCUUUUCCAUCUUACCAAAAUGACACCAAAAUGCAACUCAUGGCUUCAUCGAUCACGCGUCGCAAAGCCUCGGAAAGGCCACCCCAAUUUGCAUCUUUUGGUGCUGCAGAUCACGGCCAUUCCAUGCAGCAGCAGCAGCAGCAUCAGUUUGUUUGCCUCGUGCUGUUGAUUUGACAAUCAAGCUAGCUUAGCAAUAGCUGGGAGAGAGAGAGAGAGAGAGAGAGAUGGGGUUUGUGGAGAGCAUCGGGAGGUACAGGGUCGGCCGGACGAUCGGCGCCGGCACGUUCGCCAAGGUCAGGCUGGCCGUCGACGGCGACACCGGCGCCACCGUCGCCGUCAAGGUCAUCGACAAGAGGAUGGUGCUCAGGAACAACCUCAUGUACCAGGUCAAAAGAGAGAUCACUGCCAUGAAGCUCCUCAACCACCCCAACAUUGUCAAGAUAUACGAGGUGAUCGCGACGAAGACGAAGAUAUGCCUGGUGAUGGAGUACAUCUCAGGAGGGCAGCUAUCUGGCAAGCUAAGUUACCUCAAUAGAUUGGAUGAGAUGGAAGCGAAGAAGUAUUUCUACCAACUGAUUGAUGCUGUAGACUACUGCCAUCGGAGAGAUGUCUACCACAGAGAUCUCAAGCCUGAGAACUUGUUGCUAGAUAAUAAAGGUGAUCUGAAGGUAUCUGAUUUUGGGCUGAGUGUGCUCAGAAAGCCAGGACAGUUUCUAUCCACAUCUUGUGGCUCACCAUGCUAUGUAGCUCCUGAGGUGGUUCAGCACAAGAGUUAUGAUGGGGCAGCAGCAGACGUCUGGUCUUGUGGUGUGAUCCUGUUUGAACUUCUCGCUGGUCAUCUACCAUUUCAAGACUGCAACUUAACAAACUUGUACAGGAGGAUAUCUCGAGCUCAGUUUGCUUUUCCACAAUGGCUCACAGUCCCUCAGAAGAAGAUUAUAAUCAGGAUACUGGACCCAUCUCCUAUAACAAGAGCAAAGAUAAGCGAUAUUUUUGAUAAUAAGUGGCUCCAAGAUCACUGUAAUCCAUCAGUAGGGAUUGAGAGUGAUGAUGACUGUGUUGUUAUUGAAGAGGCCGGCAUAGACAGUGACAGCAGGCACAACACCGAGGUAAGGGAACCUGAGGAACCUGACCGGUUCAUUAAUGCCUUCCAAUUGAUAGCGACAUGCAGUGAACUUGACUUGUCAGGACUCUUCCAGGAGCAGAAAAUAAAGCUUGCCUCACCACAUCCAGUGCAGGAAACCUUGGACAAGAUCAAGGUUGCGGCCAAGGAUGUGAGCAUGGCAGUGAGGAGAAUGAACAGCUCUGUGGUGGAGCUUCAGGACAGCAAAUUAUUAGCAAGAAGCAAUCUUGAUCUUACUGUUUCAGCCGAGGUGAUCAAGGUAACGCCAGCACACUGUGUCGUCGAAGUUUCCAAGUCCACUGGGGAUCUGAGAUCAUAUAAAGAGUUCUGCAGAAGCCUAUCAAGCUUGCUCAAUGGUGAGCAGCACUCUGCAAGCACAUCUGAUAUGGAACUUGAUUAAGCAAGUUAUCUUCUAUGAGUAGAUCAAUCAAUGAACCUGUAAUAUCACAAACGCAUGAAGGUCAGGAAGAAAUGAGAGUGUCUAACGGGCAACUGGUGACCUGGAAAAAGGUGAUAAAUAUGUGCAGGACCAAAGUCAACAUUCUUGCCCUUAUGCAGUCAAUGCUGGUGAUGCUGUUAUUUGUACUUUGCACUGUAUGACAAACAAAAAUUGGUGCAUAGAAAGGGAACCUGCCAACCUUUUCCAUG